AUGUGGUUUGAAAAUAAAGUAGUCGUAGUAACAGGUGCAAGCGCUGGUAUUGGUGCUGAAACCGCCAUUUUGUUUGCUCAACAGUCAGCUAAGGUUGUCCUAGUUGGAAGAAAUGAAGACGCUUUAAUCAGUGUGGCAAAAAAAUGCGGAGAGGCUAAAGGCAUUAUACCACUUAUUGUCAAAGCAGAAUUAAUUAACGAUAAUGAUGUGAAAAAUAUUGUUACAAAGACUAUUGAAAAGUUUGUUCAUAUUGAUGUUCUCGUGAAUAAUGCUGGUGUUGGGUUUAAGGGUGGUAUUCGUGAUAGUGUUGAUUUGUAUGAUCGUGUCAUAGCCACUAAUGUUCGUGCAGUAUAUCUGUUAACCAGUCUUGCUACUCCAUAUCUUGUACAAUCUAAAGGAAAUGUUGUCAACGUUUCUAGUAUUGCAGCCUUUAAACCAAUCAAAGAUAUUGAAUUCUUACAGUAUUGUAUGUCAAAAGCUGCCCUAGAUCAAUUCACAAGAUGCGUUGCUUUGGAACUGGGCAGAGAAGGUGUUCGUGUUAAUUCCGUUAGUCCUGGUUGUACAUAG